UUCUAUAUUUUAUUUGACACUAUAUUUGAGUGACUUAAAUCAUUAAUGGAAGUUUUUUGCAUAGUAAAUUUGUGAAAGUUUAUCAAAUUUUGAUCAAAUGUAUAAAGUCAAUUUUAAACAAGGGAAAAUGUCAUCGAAAUAGAGAAAAAUAAGAUGACUAUGAAAAUUAAACGGUUCAUUAUAUGUAAUUCAAUUUUUAAAAAACUAUGGGAUGAAUUAUAAUUUGAUCAUAUUUUAUGAUUUAUAUUUUGUCCAAUUUUAAAACUAAAAUAACAUAUAUAAGCAAUUUUUCUCUUCUUCCCGCCGAGAAACAUGACGUCAGCAUUUUCAUGGAUCACAGCAGACGAAACAGCUGAGCAAGCACUGGUCAGAAUCUUCAAAGAGCGCCCGUUUCUCAUACUGCCGCCGCCGUUCCACCGCCUCCCCCUCCGCGCCGGCAACGUCGUCGAAAUCGUGGGGCCCUCUCCUUCGGCCAAAACCCUAAUCCUCAUCCAGGCGGCGAUAAAUUGCAUUUUGCCUAAAGAGUGGAAGGGCGUGAGCUAUGGAGGGCUGGAGCGCGCUGUGCUAUUCGUCGAUCUGGACUGCCGUUUUGACGUUUUGAGCAUCGCACGAGCUUUGCAGCGGCGAAUCAUCGAUGCUAAUGGGUUAAGAAGAAGCAGCUUGAAGGGAAAUGGAAAUGAAUAUGAUAAAGAGUUGUUUGCUGCAUCCAUGAGGCGUUUCUUGUAUAUGCGAUGUUACAAUAGUUUCGAAUUUCUUGCUACUCUUAAGACACUGCAUCAUCGGAUUCAGCAGGAGAAGGAGAAGGGAGGUAGUGCUGUAUAUAUGCUUUUGAUUGACAGCAUAGGGGCUUUUUACUGGAUGGACCGUGCUCUACCAACUUUAUCAACCGGGAACAACAAGAACCGGAAGAGCCUCUCCCUGCAGACGGUGGUUGAAACUGUCGUUCAGGAGAUCCAGAGGCUUCUGGUGGUGCAUCCCAUGCUUGUUUUAGCCACUAAGUCAGCUGCAUUUGGUGAUAAACAAUCGAUAACUGAAGUGAUAAGAAAAAGGCCCAAUGAGAAGACACCUGAUCCAAGAUGUGCUCAAAAUAAACCACAUCGUUGUUUCAUGCCAUCAGUGUGGCAGUCCUUCGUUUCACACAGAAUGCUUCUGCGCGCUUUAGACUGUGAAAGCAAGCAUCAGAACCGGCCUACUUUCUCAACAGAAUGGCUAUUGCCAUCACUUAACUGCUCAGACCAUUUUACAGUAAACGACGGUUGCCUCUUGAUCCCCAAAUGAAGGCUAGGAGAAAAUGCUCAGCAGUCACCAAAAGGUAGCUUAUUUUGGCUCUCUUUCGCCAUUUUGUACAUAUGGAAAAGAGAAGAAUCAGUAAUCCUCUUGUUAAAAUUUCUUGUUGCUUAUUACUAUUACAAGCUUUAGAUAAAAAUGCUCAGUAGUCACCAAAAAGGUAGCUUAUAUGUAUUGGUUAUAAUCACUAAUGUAUAUGGUUUCAUCACUGAUAUAAUUAAGUUAUUUCCAAAAAAAAAGUUAAA